AUGUCAGCGGCAGUCGCAAGGAAAGACGCGCACGUGGACGCCGACGUGCCGUCGCCCUCAUCCCACCCCAGCUCGCGCACUACGGGUUACACCGCCCACCCAGUCUCCAAUGCCGUGGCCCGUAGUGGAGCAGUGACGCCCAGCGACACCACGACGGGCACACUGAGCUCAUCCUCGAUGUCGUCUGACGAGGACGAGGCCCUCGACGUGGCUGACGCCGACUCUGCGUCAGUCGACUUGGCCGUCGAGGCUGACAAGGAGGAGAUGGUGGGGGACGCGCCGCCUGCGACCCACGACUUUUUGUGGAUGUACACCGAAGAGCCGCACCGUAGUCGUCGCAUGGCCAUUCUCAAGGCACACCCCGAGGUCCGCAAGCUCAUGGGCCCGACACGCUGGACUGCCGUGUCUGUCGCUUUUGUCCUCACGCUGCAAGUCUCGCUUGCCAUCGGCCUGCGCGGCCACCACCCCUUGUCCCCGCUCGUCCUGGCCAUUGCAUACGUGGUCGGCGGCACGGCCAACCAAAACACUUUCCUUUCGAUCCACGAGAUUACCCACAACCUCGCGUUCAAGGGUAUCAAGGCCAACAAGCUGCUCGCCAUCGUGUCCAACUUUGCCAUUGCUGUUCCCUACGCGAUGGCGUUCAAGGGCUACCACAUCGAGCACCACAAGUUCCUCGGCGAGGAUGGCAUUGACACCGACCUGCCCUCCCGCAUCGAGGCUGUCAUCCUCAACAAUGUCGCUGGCAAGACCUUCUUUGCCACGUUCCAGCUUCUCUUCUACGCUAUCCGCCCUGGCUUUAUCCGGUCGCAGAAGCCGACCUUGUGGCACGCCUUCAACCUCUUUGCCGUCUUUGCUUUCGACAUUGUCCUCGUUCACUUCUUUGGCUGGAGGCCGCUUGUCUACCUCCUCCUGUCGUCGUUCUUUGCCGGCUCGCUGCACCCAUGCGCUGCGCACUUUAUUGCCGAGCACUACCUCAUGAACGACGUGGAGCCUGGAUCGGUCCAGAGCCUCGCGCAGGAGACCACCAGCUACUACGGCUGGCUCAACAUCCUCACCUACAACGUUGGCUACCACAACGAGCACCACGACUUCCCCUCGGUCGCCUGGACCCGCCUCCCUGCCCUGCGCGCCCUCGCGCCCGAGUUUUACAACACGCUUCCUUCCCACAAGUCAUGGCCCUACGUCACCUGGAAGUUUAUCACCGACCCCCGCGUCGGCAUGUGGUCGCGCGCCAAGCGCAACGGCAAGGGCGAGCGCCUGGACGAGCACGUCUGGCGCGAGCUGUGGUCCAAGGCUGCGGUCUCGGAGGAUGGCUCCGAGUCGAGCGCCAACGAGAGCGAGCUCGAGCGCGAGAUGGACGAGGCGGUCGAGCGUGGCUACGCCUCGGACUGCAACUAG